AUGGCUCAGUUAUGGCCUCAAAUUCAAAAAUUAUCCUUGAAAUCGGAAAAUAUGAGGUAAGUAAUUGUUUUUACCUUUCUUAUGGCAUUAUUUAACCUUUUUUUAAAGCCAAAUUUUGAUAUUUUAUUGUGCGACUAUGGAGCCACCAAAGGCCUGUCCUGGCGUAUGCCUGAUGUUGUCUAAAUAAGUUCAGUGAUUUUCUUCUGUUUGAGAUAAAAUGUUGAAGAGGUUUUAAUAUAAUGUAUUUCUUUGGAUUGGCGUCCUUACCAGAUUAUCCUUGACAGGUUUACAACCGAAUAAAGCACCAAGUUUAUACCCGUAUAUUUGUGCGUAUUGUGUUUAUAGUGUAUUGUGCUGACACAUUCAGUUAAAGUCCAACAGUGAUCUUGUGAUCUCGACUUUAAAAAAUCUGGACAAUCUCAAUAGUUUCUUGAUAUUAUAUAACCAUUUAGUCUCUUGACUGUCUUAAUAGUGAACGCUGUGGUAUGAAUUUAUUAGUACUCUACAAGUGGGUAACUUUAAUGUACUUUUUGCUUUUCUUGUUCUUCUUCUUGGAUGAUAAAUUUCGGUUGGCAAACUUAAUGCUGUAGUAAAUUCUCAUUCGUAAGAACAACUUCAGCAGAUACUCGAAAGGAAAUUCUGGACAAUGCUGAAAUGAAACUGGAACACAUUGUAGUUUCGUUAAGAUGCUUUUCCCAACCCCAUCACUCUUGGUAUACAUGGAGAAAUCUUUCACAAACAGGUCUUCUAGUUGUAUGACAUAUUGUAAAUAUGGUGCUGUAGGUGCUAGAAAUCCUCCAAAACUUUUAUCUGAUUUGUACGCCUUGAAGAAACAAAGCAAGUUCCUGUUGUCACCAAUUUCAUCUGUGACCACAGCUUCUCUACAUGUUGAACACUCGUGAUGUUUAAAACAUUUCUGGAGUAAGUACCCAGCAACAUAGGCAAUUGGAUUGUCUUUCAGUAGGUUCUCAGUAACCUCAUUGUCACGAUAAUCCACAGUUCCAAUGUCCAAGUUUGGUGAUACUUUUGGUGGGGCAGCCAUAGCAGGAACAUUACUCUUCUUGGAUUUAGCUUUAGCAAACUGGGCAAGAAGGUCAUCAAAAUCCUCAGCACAAUUCCCUGUUGACGAAUUCAAGAACGAGCUGAAGAACAGCUUUCUGAAGGCACGGGUGAACUGGAUAGGGGUCGGAUUAUCACUGUUACCACCUUGCUGGCGAAUGGAACCAAAAAAGUUCUCUAUCGGAUCGGUGUUUAACCUUCUGGUGAGAAGAAAUUUGAAGGCAUGGUUUUGAUGAAGCUGAUCCCAAAUCGAAAGAAUGGCUUUGAUGGUAACCAACCAUCCUUUGAGACACUUGAUCCUACCAGUGACUUCUUCAUUCCCUUGAAACACUUUCAACUCCUUAAUAAAGGUAAAUGCUUCCUCCAUGUAUCUUUGGUGAGAUGAGGUUGUGGUCAUGGCACGUUUCAAUACCUUUGAUGAGUUGAUUGUCGACACGUUUACACAAUCAAAUAAAGAAUCAAACUUGAACAGAAGUUCAGCAGUUCCCAUAGCUGAUGAUGCAAGGCCCCCAAUGCUCACAUACGUGCACAAUGAUGCCGCUACUGUGUGGCUCAAGACUUGAGUAGCAUAUUUCACCUUCAUUUUGCAAAAGUUGUUUGGUCGAAUAUGUUUCUCAGUUAGUUUGGGGGCAGCUCUGAUAGGUAGCUCCUUAUCUUUCUCAUAGAAAUCUGCUAUAUCUUUCCAUUGAGCGGUGUAGUUGCCAAACUUGAAUGUAUACUUCAUCAGGUUGUUCCGGACACACUUGAUCAGGUGUGGUGGGUCGAACAUCAGGAAGUACUUCUUGUUGUUGUGGAUAAACCAUGGCCUUUCUGGAGUGACUCCCAAGUGGUUAGCCAGGCUUUGGAAGUUGCUUCCCAUAUCAGACAUAACAACGACAACAUUAAGUCCAAUCCGUUCAACUUUGUCGAUGGCACUUUUCAUUAACUCCUCCAUUUCAUCCCUCGGACAUCCUCCAUUCACCAAGGCAUAGCCAAGUGGCUGUUUCCACUUUCCAGAGAUGCUCCUUAGAAGAAUUGUUAAUGCCUGAUUUGCCACUUUGUUGGUACGGAUUCCAUUUCCAAAAUCUUCAAGACCGAUAAUCCUGUCCUUGGUUAUGUCAUAGUACAGGUUAGUUUUAAGGGACACCUCAUCCAUGCAAAGGGUACAUAGUUUCUCUUGCUCAUUCAUGCUAUCAACCUUUUUCUUUAUUAUAUUUAGGGCACCCUGGGAAAUUCCUGUGGCUGCUGGCAUCCUGGAGAUGUAGCGACGGAGUGAUGACUUUGUUGGCAGUAUGAAUAACUUCGACAGAACUCUGUAGGCCUUGCCACUUGCAUGAUAAAGAGAGACAGCAAUUGAUUUCAUUUGAGGUGAGUAUCUUCUUCCCUUUUUUUUCUUGCUAUGCAAUUCCAACUGCAUCCUGACAAAAUGAGCCAAAUUUUUGGGCAGUUUGUCAAGUGCUUCCUGUAACGUUCUGUCCUUCUUCCCUUGUCUUGCAGGCUUUUUCUUUUUUAGGGCUUCUUCCAAACGAUUGAUUUUCUUCCUUUGACUACCAAUAACUUUCCUUUGUUUGGUUUUCCUAGGCGUGUUCUUUGACAGGUCACUGCUUGUUUGGCAAAUGGAAUCUUGCAUUUGACUUUCACCACUUAGUCCACUGUUCUCUCCUUGGAAUGGAGAAGUUGGAUGCAGGGGCUCUACACAAUGAAUAA